GGACUCGAUCCUGGGACUCCGGGAUCAUGACCUGAGCCGAAGGCAGUCGCUUAACCAACUGAGCCACCCAGGCGCCCUAAAAUUUUAUUUUUAAAUGUUGAGAAUGCUAUUUAUAUUGAUUACUGAAUUUUAGGCACCCUUAGAGUUUGCACCAUUGAGUGCCUCAGUCACCUCACCCUAGUCCUAGACCAAAUUUUAUGUACAAAGGGCAUAAAACUGUUUUACAAAACAAAUGAGUCCUCAGUAAAUGUUAUCUUACCAUUAUAACCUUUACUUGGAAGUUUUUGCGAAGGUUUGCGUACGAUCCGCUCCUCUGGGCGUCUGUCUCUUUAAUGCUUUGCCACGUUGUGUCCCGUGGGCCUUUGCGCCCUGCGGCCCCGCUGUAUCCCGUCGUGCCUUGCGCCUUCCGGCUGCGAUUGCUUACAACCCCGCCUUUUCCGGCACAUGCCAGAUCAUGGCGCAGGGGCAGCGCAAGUUCCAGGCGCGGAAGCCGGGGAAGAGCAAAGCAGCGGCAGCGGCCUCAGAGCGGAACCGGCGCCCGAGGAAGGGUGGUCGUGUGAUCGCCCCCAAGAAGUCGCGCAUCGUGCAGCAGCGAAAGCUCAAGAAGGACCUGGAGGUCGGGAUCCGGAAGAAGAUCGAACACGACGUGGUAAUGAAAGCCAGCAGCAGCCUGCCCAAGAAGCUGGCGUUGGUGAAGGUUCCCGCCAAGAAGGAGGCAGCCUCUUCCUCCUCCACCAAGACACCUUCCUAAGGACACCAGCCCAUUGGAGGCCAUCGCCGCAGCCUCCGUGCUCAGCCCUAUGCAGGUGACCCCACUGUAAGAAGCCGUGCUCCCCACAGCUUCGGGUGACAUGCACCUCAAAUUGCAUUGGGGGCCUAGCCCAUGAGCAGGUGAUCAGCAGAUCUGGAGUGCACUGGUCAGCUUCCCAGGGUGCCAAGGACUCCAGAAGGGAAGGAAUGUUCACCAGCUUCCUGUGUCCCCCUCCUCUGGUCUUGUCUCCCCUGGUUUAACCCAGAGCAAUAAACGUGACUGUGAUUCCUCCUGCGUUCCCAUGCUCCUGUGAGUGGGGACCAGGUGUCCCAACUGGGUUAGUCCCAGCGGUUCCCACCAGAGACCAGCCGUGUGCCCACGGAGGGACAAAUGGGCUUCUGCACCUUCAGCCCGGGAGCUGGAGGCGAGUCUUCGCCCCUCCCGCCCUGGGUGACUCCCACCAACCCCCUCACUUGCCUGCAUGCCCAGGUCACCACCUCUGCCAGAGACAAGCCAGGCAUCUAUGGGGAACGACCCAUAGGACAGAUGCUGACACCGCCUGGUGGGGUCUCAGUGCUAGUUCUCAGCACUUGUGAACUGCUCAGGGCCACCUUGAUCUUGAAAGCCCUAACAGCUUGUAUUUAUGUAGUACCACCAGUGGUCCAGGCACCAUUCUGGCGCUUCCCUUGCAAUGGCCCAGUUAGGCCAUGUCAACAUUACCGAGCAGGGAUUUGCACAGCCACUUGCAGGGUCCCCACUCCCCACUGACCAGCUGCUGUCUCCUCCAGACUGAGACCCUCUCCUUCUGCCUCUUGGAACCCUCCGUCAUUCCCGGUUGGCAGUCGUGCCUGUGAAUCAGCCAAGAAUCUGACAGCCUUCCUGCCCUCCCCCUGCUGGGGUGUGGGGAGCGGGUCACGGCCCAGGAACAAGGCUGCAGUCGGGGUGACACUGAGCUGCUGCCUUGGGGGAGGUGGCAGCACCUGUGGGUACAGGCAGCCACACCUGUGAGUGACUGGCUCCCAGCCAGCGAACCCACCGCAGUCGGCUUUUCUGGGUCCCACAUAGUGGUGGUCAAAAAUUUCUGAACUAAAAUUUUUCUACAAGAUAGGGGACAACUACGGUGGAAAACAGUUCAGUGGCUCCUCAGUAAGUUUAGCCUAGAAUUACCGCCUGACCCAGCCAUUCCACUCCGAGCCACAUGCCCAGAAGGACUGAAAACAGGGACUCGACUCGACAACAGCUUGUACGUGACGUUCACGUCACCUAAAGAUAGCAACAACCCAGGUGGCCCUCAACAGACGGUGGGGAGCAUGUGUGUCUGUACGAGGAAUGUGCUUCCGCCGUAAAAAGGUAUGAAGCACCCACAUGCCACGACAUGGAUGCACCUCGAAAACAUGCUGAGUGAAAGAAGUCGGCCGCAAAAGGCCAUGUGCUGUAGGAUUCCAUUGAUGUGAAAUGUCCAGAAAGGGCAAAUCCACAAGAGAACAGACCUUGAUACGGGGGUCCAUGGUUGAGCGGGGGAGGGGGAGUUGCUAAUGGAUGCUGGGGUCAUCUUUUGGAGUAAGAGUUUUGGAACUAGACAGACAUAAUGGUUGCAAAACAGUGAAAUGCCACUGAACUGUACACUUUCUUUUUUUUAAGAUGUAUUUUAGUACAGGGAGGUGGGGCAGGGGGAGAGAGAAUCCCAAGCAGACCCCCACCAAGCUUGGAGCCCCACUUGGGGCUCGAGCCCAUGACCCUGAGAUCAUGACCUAAGCUGAAAUCAAAAGUCAGCCGCUCAACCGACUGAGCCACCCAGGUGCCCCUGAACUGUAUGUUUUUAAAUGAUGGAUUUUAUAUGUGAGCAAUUUCACACCAAAAAAAAUUCUAAUUUAUAUCUUGAAAAAUCAGAACUUGUGGCAGCAGAGCCCAAAUUCAAUGGAAAGACUGGCUUGGGGUUUCCCCAGGCCCGAUGCUCGGGUUUCAGCGGGGGCAGGGGUGGGGGAAGAGGGGCUGGAGGACUGGAGGGCAGGGCUGCGUUCAGGGGUGUGGCACGCGCACGCGCCCUUCCUUGAGCCCCACUCGGGCAACCCCGACACCCGUGCCAUCUGCCCACAGCAUAGCAAUGUCUCCCCUAAGCAGGCAGCGAGGGGCUUCCGCUUUUUGAGAUGGAGCCCCUCUGCCCACUGGGCAUUUACUGUAUGCCUGCCCCGUGCCAACCUCAGCUCAGGAGAGCUGAGAACUGGCAUUGUAGUGGGGAAAACAGAAAACCAGGAAAACCCGCCAAGGCUGCCCCCUCCAAACCCCCACCUCCUCUCUGUCCUGCCUCCUGCUGUGGUUCCCUCCCCCUUCCGGAUGUCACCUCCGAGAGCCCUCUGCCCUCCCGAACCUCCAGCCCCAGGAGCGGUCACUCGGCACUCGCUCUAGACUGGUCUCCUUUGCGUCUUUGUUCACUGCUGUGUCUCCAAUACCUAGGACAGUGCGCAGGAGGCGCUUAAUGAACAGGUGUUCAUUGAAUGAAGGAAAUAAUGAAUUGUUUCCCUUUUUUGCAAGGAAAAUCUUGCAUUUCAGUGAAUCAGUUCUGAUUAUUCAGUGCAUCAUCUCUAUACAACACGCCCUUCCGGGUUAUCUGAUUCAUAGCAUUGUCUUUGACCUCAGCUCUGUAAAUUGUAAGCAACUGAUAGCAAUAUAAAACCACUUAUCUGUAGACAUGCAAAUUCCAUCCCGGCCAGCAGGGGUUUCGCUGACAAUCCUCCUUCCCUAUGGAAAAAAACAAUUUGCCCCCAUCUGCACGUUUAUUUGCACAAAUAGUCUGAUAAUGUAAAAGUGCCUGUUCUCCAGAUUCUCUUUUGAGCCGCGUAUAACAUCUGCCUGGUUCCCACGUGAGUUCAAUAAAAACGUUAACACGUGUCCAUCUUUA